AAGAUAAGAAGCAUUGGAGAAACAAGGUAUCCCUUUCUUUUCUUCAACUGUUACAGAGGUUUGAACACUAAGCAAAGCUGCACUCUUUCUCUUUUUCUCUCUCUGAAAAGUCCCAAUCUAAUCUUUUUAUCUUCCAACAUUCCCUCAACAGACCAAAAACCUCUCUCUGUUUCCCCUUAAAAGCUUUGCCCUUUUUCAUAUAUCUCUCUUUCUCUCCCACUUUUUAUUUUUUUUGAAUUUCUUUUGUUGUCUCCUAUUUUCUUGUCAAGACUCAAAGGGAGAGGUAACAAAUGUGGCAAAAGCAGCCUAAUAAUAAAUCUUCUUCCUUUAGAGAAUCUCUCAAAGCUCUUGAAGCUGAUAUACAGCAUGCUAAUACCCUGGCAGCUGCUAUUCCAGGAGAUUAUGGCGGGGAUCGUGUGCAAAUGAGAUUGUCAUACAGCCCUCUUGCCCCAUUCAUCCUUUUUUUGGUUGAAUGGAUGGAUUAUAGUUGUACAGAUGCCCUCCCUAGUUAUCUAGGGCUUCUCCACAUACUUGUAUACAAGGUUUAUGUUGAUGGAAUGCCGACAUUGUCAUCUAAAGAAAGGAAGGCCACACUAAGGGAAUUUUACGCUACUAUAUAUCCUUCACUUAGGUUGCUUGAAGGAGAGUUUAUUGAAUUGGAAGAUAAUCCUAGGAGAAGCCAAUGGACUGAAGCUUUCAGCAGAAAGAGAGUGGAAGACAAGAGGAAGCGAUCUGAUUACGACAUUGAGAGAGAUGAUGAAUGUGGGAUAUGCAUGGAAGAUAGUGCAAAGAUGGUACUCCCUAACUGCGGGCAUUCCUUGUGUAUUAGCUGCUUCCACGACUGGAACACAAGAUCUCAGUCCUGCCCGUUUUGUCGAGGGAGCCUUAAAAGAGUGAAGUCUUUAGAUUUAUGGGUUCUCAUUAAUAACAGUGAUAUAAUUGAUACGGUUACUAUUGCAAGAGAGAACUUGAGGCGUUUCUACCUUUACAUUGAGAAACUGCCUCUUUUAAUGCCAGAGACUCAUGCCAUUCUGUUUGAUUACAUGAUCUGACAUACAGAGAAAGAAUGUAGUCAAUCGUAGGUAUAACCGGCCACCAAUCGUACAUAGGAUAUAGUGUGGGAGACCUUUGAUCCUAUUCGCCGUUGCUGGUUGAGCAGUUAUUUAGUCUGCUGUAUAUAAUUAACUAAACACCGAUGGUUACCUUAUGAAGUUGGAACCAGUUGAUAAGGAGGCGAAGAUCGUCGCAAAAGUAGCUGGUACAAAAGCAAAGAUUAAGCACCUGGAAGUAUGUGGCAAAUAUAGAUGUAAAUAAAAAAAAAAGAUGAUAGAUAAAAGGUAUGCUUGGCAUUCAACUCAGCUUUUUGGAACCUGAGUGUUGGAAUGGAAAUACUAGAAAUUUGCAUGUUCAGAUUUCUGCUUACUAUCAACUGUUGUAUGAAAAAUAUUAUGAAUUAAAUGUAUUUCUAUAGUAUUUUUAUGACA